GGGCGCUGUGAUUUGUUUAGACAUGGCGGCAAUGUUUUCAUAGAAUAAAUACAAAGUUUCCAGGUUUUUGUGAUAUUGCCUUUGCAGUUGAUUGAUUCAAAAUGAAGGUGUUUGACAAAACUGUACCCUUUAAGGACCAGAAGUAUGAUCAGUUGAAGAAAGAUUGUCGUGCAAAAGGGGACCUUUUCACAGAUCCAGUUUUCAAGGCAGAAGCAUCCUCUAUAUAUUUCAGCCAAGAAGUUCCGGAAGAUAUUGAAUGGAAAAGACCUGGGGAAAUCAGUGAAGACCCGAAGCUGUUUGUUGAUGGAGCAAGUCCCGAUGACUUUGACCAAGGGGAGGUCGGCAACUGUUGGUUCAUAGCAGCUUGCGCUUGUAUAGCCAGUGAUGACUCACUUUGGAAAAAGGUUGUGCCAGACCAUAAAGAUCAAGAAUUUUCCUCAAAUUAUGCCGGCAUUUUCCAUUUCACAUUUGCAAGAUUUGGUGUUUGGCAAGAUGUCGUUAUUGAUGAUUUGUUACCAACAAGGAAUGGCAAAUUGAUUUUUGUCCAAUCAAAAUCCAAGAAUGAGUUUUGGAGCGCCUUACUAGAGAAAGCUUAUGCCAAAUUGUUUGGUAGCUAUGAGGCGCUCUCAGGGGGUAGAGCAAGAGAUGCUUUAGUGGAUAUGACAGGUGGGGUUGGAGAGCUGGUCGAGCUUGAAGAAUGGACCGAAAAUGACAAGAAAAAACAAGAACUGUUUGAUAACUUAGACGAGGCUAUGGAGAAUAAUUCUCUCGUUAGCGCAUCUAUUGCAGCGGGUGCUGGAGAAAUUGAGGCGAAACUAGACACUGGUUUAGUCAAGGGUCACGCUUACAGUAUCACUGCUGUUAGGACAUUAAAACUGGGAAAGGGAUUUGUGGCAUUUUUCAAAUCGGAGAAACUUUUAAUGAUUCGUUGCCGCAACCCUUGGGGAGAGAAAGAAUGGAAUGGUCCUUGGAGUGAUGGUUCUGAAGAGUGGAACCAGAUCGGAGAAGGUGAAAAGACAAAACUAGAUCUAUCAUUUGGCGACAAUGGAGAGUUCUGGAUGUCCUUCGAUGACUUUCUAAAGAAUUUUACGAGGAUUGACAUCUGUCACCUGAUAAAUACAAGCUUCUUCUCCAUGCAAGAGACCUGGAAGGGGGAUGCUAGUAUUGGAGAGUGGAAAAAACCAGACAGAUGCGGAGGAUGCGCAAAUAAUACAGAGUCAUUUUUGCGGAAUCCACAGUACUUGUUUGAGAUCAAAGGAAAGGAAAAGACCGUAAUGAUCAGUAUGGAGCAAGAAGAUACAAGAGAUCAGAAAGAUAAAGGGGCCAAGAACAAUACAAUUGGACUUGCUAUAUGUAAGGCUGACUUAAACAGAGAAUAUCGUAUGCAUGAUGUCAUAGAAAAGGUGGCAUCUUGUUCGUACACAGAUUCACGUAGUGUGUUUCAAAGAUGUAAGUUGAACACUGGACGCUACUUGUUGGUACCAUCAACCUUUGAUCCAGGAUUUGAAGGUCGAUUCAUGCUUAGAAUGUACAGUAAAAAAGACCCAAAAGUAAGGGAACUAAUAGAGGAAGAGCCACCAAAAAAAUCUGGAUGUUGUAGCAAAGGCCCACAGAUGGCACUGCAAAUUUCCAUCUACAAAGCAGACGGGCUUGAGAAACAGGACGCAAUAGGAGGGGCAGACCCGUAUGUAAAGAUCCGUGUAGGAGAUGAAGAGUACCAAACUGAAUAUAUUGAAAAUACAAGAAACCCAGAGUGGAAUGAACGCUGUACAUUCUAUGUGAAGAAACUAUCAGAUGUAGUGUUUGAGAUUUGGAAUUGGAACAUAAUAAAGGACGAAUUAAUGGGACAGGCCCGAAUUAUGGCGGCAAGCACGAAAUUUCAGGACGACAAACCGCAAACUUUGACGAUGCUCGGGAAAGGAGACGAAUCCAAACAGUAUAAACCUGGAAGAUUAUUGGUCCAGAUGAAAUUGACUCGGGACUUCCUUGAAGUUUAGCAUUGACUUAAAAUGAAAUGGAUAUAGCUCCAUUUAACUAACAAUGCUCCAUUGACAUGCCAUAUUUGAUGAAAUAAUUUUUAGAAGCUGCAGUAUAAUAAAUUAGCAAGGUCAUUCAAAGUUCAUAAUAUGUUUAACGUCCUGUUGAGAGGCUAAAUCUUCGAUUGGGAGGUGAACAAAAAAACAAGUUAAUAACAAACAAAACCUUUAUUUAUUGUAUUUCUAUUUAAUUUAGAUUUCGUGAUAUUGGGGAAUUAAAAUAAUAUAAUAUAAACACAUACAAAGAUAGCGCACAAACGCUUUCGGUUCACUUAAACUCCUUAAAUAGAUGUAAUUUUUAAUCUUGUUUUCUUAAAUAUGUCGUCGGAGAAGGAAGGUGUCAUUAAACAUAUAUUUAACUUUGA